CGCGCCGCGCCGGAUGGCUCCCGUGCUGCAGUCAAGCAGCGGAGUGGUGGAGAAGCCUCGCCCCUGUCGCGAGGCACAGGUCCCAAGUGCGCGGCCACUGCCUGCGACAACCGUGAGCACAACGGAGUCCAUGGAGGGGGCCUCGCUCCCCCUUCCCACUGAGGAGACCAACAACAAGGCCCGACAGUUCUCUUCCUUUUCUUUAUUCCCCGCGCUUUGUGAUGCACGAACAAAAGCGGCGAAGCGCACGCAUUCAAAGGGAGCGGAGAGAUAAAGAGCAGUUCUUUUGCUCUGCUACCAAGCGUAUCUCUUUUCUCUGGUAGCUGAAGUAGUUCGACUUGCCUUGAAUGCUUUUCGCUUUUCUUCCGUGUAAUUUCCUGCGAAGGCUGUGAGCUCUGGAAACUGAAGAGAAGCGCAGCAGCCAUCUCUGCAACUGACCAUGCCGCCGCACACAGAGGCGACCUUCCUUUUUCUUCUUCUACUCUGCUUCUUCUCUGCCACAGCUAAAGGUGGGCGCUUUGCGAGGCUGGGCAUCAACUAUGGCACCCUCGGCGACGAUCUCCCCUCCGCCGCUCGCUCUGUGCACCUCCUCCACUCUAUUGGCGCCGGCGCAGUCAAGAUCUAUGACGCCAACCCGGCCAUCCUCCGCGCACUCGCUGGCACCCGCUUCCGCGUCUCCAUCAUGGUGCCCAACGAAAUCAUCCCCUCCCUGGGCGUCAACGCCUCCGCCGCCGACGCCUGGGUCGGCACCAACCUCGGCCCCUUCUACCCCGCCGUCCGCGUCCGCUACCUCCUCGUCGGCAACGAGAUUCUCUCCUACACCUCCCUCGCCAACUCCACCUGGCCCUUCCUCGUCCCCGCCAUGGUCAACAUCCACCGCGCCCUCAGCGCCCGCUCCAUCCGCGACGUCAAGGUCGGCACGACCCUUGCCAUGGACGCCCUCGUGACCUCCUUCCCGCCCUCUGCAGGCGCCUUCCGCUCUGACAUCGCUGAGCCGGUGAUGCGCCCUCUACUCCGUUUCCUCCACAAGACCCGCUCCUACUACUUCGUGGACGCCUACCCUUACUUCGCCUGGGCCUCGAAUCCCUCCUCCAUUCGCCUCGACUACGCCCUCUUUACCUCCAACGCGAGCUUCAACUACUUCGACCCAGGGAGCAAGUUGACCUACACCAAUCUGUUCGACCAGAUGCUCGACGCGGUGGCGGCGGCGAUGGGCCGGCUAGGGUCCGGCGACGUCCGGAUCGCGGUGGCGGAGACGGGUUGGCCGAACGCCGGCGACCUGGACCAGAUCGGGGCCAACGUACACAACGCGGCCAUCUACAACCGGAACCUCGCGCGGCGGCUGGCGGCGCGUCCGGCCGUAGGAACGCCAGCGCGGCCAGGGGCGGUGAUGCCGGUGUUCGUUUUCUCUCUCUACAACGAGAAUCAGAAGCCUGGGCCGGGGACGGAGCGCCACUGGGGGCUGCUGUACCCCAACGGGAGCAAGGUGUACGAGGUGGACCUCAGCGGGCGGCGGCCGCUGGACUCGUACCCGCCGCUGCCGCCCCCGGAUAACAACGAGCCGUACAAGGGGAAGAUCUGGUGCGUGUUCGGCGGCGACCGGAAGGCGGCGGCGAACGCGACGACGGUAGGGGCGGCCCUGGCGUACGCGUGCGGGCAGGGGAACGGCACGUGCGACGCGAUCCGCCCAGGGGGGCCAUGCUACAAGCCGAACACGCUCGUGGCGCACGCGAGCUACGCGUUCAACUCCUACUGGCAGCAGUUUCGGCAGGCGGGCGGGACGUGCUUCUUCGACGGGCUCGCCGUGCAGACCAAAACCGACCCAAGUUACGGAACUUGCAAAUACGCGAGUUUGACAAACUGAGGAGCAUUAACACUAUCAGCAGCAUGUCAAAAUCAAUAUGUGAUUUGCAGAAUCCAUUUGUUGAAACUCUUAUUUAUUUCCAGCAUUAUGAGUUAUUUUGAGAUUAAUUUGCAGUGGUAUCUGAAUUUCGAGGGUUACCUCUCUGUAUCGUUCCAACUUACAUUAAUUUUACCGUGGUUUUCUGUUCA